AAUUCGAACUACAAUAGUUCUGCAAUUUUCUUUUAAUUUACAGUUAAUCCUACAAUAAUUUUGUAUUUGUUAAAAAAUAUUCGUGAGCUAAAGCGGUUCAUAAUGUCAAAUUCAUUAUCCGACCAUAGUUCUCUUGGUAGCAUGUGUGAAGAAGUGCGCCCGUCUUUUCUACGUGCGCGUGAUCCAUCCGUAGAUCGAUGUUUUCGGCCGCGACCAGACCGACAAGUAAGACUCUUCGAUGAAAUAAAAGAGGAAGGCCAAACUGAAUAUAGCAGCGAUGCCGACGUUUCAUCAUCUUAUGAAGACAUAUCCGUACCACUAAGUGAAGCGAGCAGUGAUCUAAGCACAGACUCAAAUGCUGCUUUAGUAUAUUUACGUUUGAAACCAGUUACACAAAUAUCAACUUCGUAUACAAUUUCAACUGCGGGUAAUGUGCUUGUAACUGGGCCUCCCAAUGAUGCAUCAACAACAAGCAACAACAAAAGUAAAAUAGAACAGCAUUAUAGUUUCUCGGCAGUGUUUGAUAGCGCCGUAAAACAGGAUGAAGUGUAUCGUAUUUGUGUAGCACCACGCAUUGAAAACCAGACUGACAGCUUUACAGUGCUGACAUACGGCACCUCGGGUUCGGGCAAAACAUUCACAUUGCUCGGUACGCCCAGCAAGCCAGGCAUUGUGCCACGUGCAGUAGAGAAUAUAUUCCGUAUGAAUGCGUCCAAUAUUUACCCACAACCUGCACUUAAAUUAGAGAAAGGUUGUGCCUGCAUUUUAGACGAUGAAGCGCUAGCCCGCGAAGAAAACAUGCGUCAGACGUUGCUGGAGUCAUGCGUUGGACUAAACGCAGACCAUGAGCUGCUGGAGAAAACGAUAAAAUCAGAGCAUGACUUUCAAACUAUCGUGCAGGAUGAAGUAUCCGUAUUCAUUUGGAUAUCAUUCGUGGAAAUAUACAAUGAAUUGGUAUUUGAUUUGUUAGCACCACCGUCACAACAGCCAAAAACCAGCCAACAAAUGGCCCCACCACAACGAAAGGGUCUAAAAAUUGUUACAAACGACGGCAAAGUUUUCAUACAAGGUCUAACCUCAGUUUAUGUGAAAUCGUGUUCAGAAAGCCUGAAAUUGUUACACUGGGGUCUACAACAUGUUUCUUAUGCAUCCACUUCUAUUAAUGCUAACUCGAGCCGCUCGCAUUGUAUAUUUUUUAUUGACAUAAUUAAAUACUACAGCACCGGUGUGGUUGUCGAUACUUCCUACAAAUUCUGCGAUUUAGCGGGUUCUGAACGUUUAAGUAAAACACGUAACGUUGGUUCGCGUCUCAACGAAGCUAAAGGUAUUAAUACGUCACUUAUGACGCUCGGGCGCUGUCUGGAUGCAGCUAAUAAUAAUAAAAAAUUGAAAACCAAGGGCCAGGUGAUACCAGUGCGUGAAUCGAAAUUAACAAUGUUAUUACAAAGUGCCUUGUUAGGCAAAGAAAAGCUCACAAUGAUAGUGAAUGUCACACCCAUGGACACAUUUUAUGAAGAAAACAUGAAUGUGCUGCGAUUUUCUGCAAUUGCUAAGAAUAUUACAUUCAAACAGCCGCCAAAACCAGUGAAUAAGUCGCGUUAUUCGUUUGUUGUUGAGAAGGCUAAGUCAGCUGCUGAAGAGAACAUAUUUUUACGCAGUGAGGUGGAGCGUUUGCAAUCGGAAAUGCAAUAUCGUUUACUCGAACAAGAACGGAUUUUGCGCAAGGAACUGGUCGAGUCAUUUGAGAAGAAAUUGGAGGAAAAGCAGAAGGAUCACGAGCAAAGCUUGAAGCAUGAACUACAAAUGCAGCAACGUUUGCAUGAUUUAAAGAUCGCUUCGCUCAAACGACAAUAUGAAAAUCAAAUUGAAGAUCUGCGCGAUCAACUCGAAGAAGAGGAAACAGAAAAGAAGCGUCGUACAUUAGAAUAACAGUAGCUAAAUUAGAAUCACUAUUUAAAUAUAUUUGUGUAGAGUAUCUUUUGUUAUGUUAGUUAAACUUUAUUACAUUUAUUGUAUGUGCUUUUAAAUUAUUAAAAUGUAAUUUCGUUUCCUACUUUUUAUACUGACA